UAUUCCAAUUCCACCCCCGCUCCCUUUCCUAUUUCGUCCUCUUCCUCACCGUCCUUCUCCAUACCCUUCCACUCUCGAGAAACGAAAAAGGAAAAAGAAAAGAAAAGAAGGAAGAGAGAGAUGGCGGGGAAAGGAGGGAAGGGUCUUCUGGCGACGAAGACGACGGCGGCGAACAAAGACAAGGACAAGAAGAAGCCCGUCUCCCGGUCCUCGCGAGCUGGUUUGCAGUUCCCAGUUGGCCGGAUCCACCGGCAUUUGAAGUCAAGGAUUGCAGCAAAUGGUCGUGUGGGAGCCACUGCAGCUGUGUACUCAGCAGCAAUACUGGAGUAUCUGACAGCGGAGGUGUUGGAGCUUGCAGGGAAUGCGAGCAAGGAUCUUAAGGUGAAGAGGAUCACACCACGCCACCUUCAACUUGCCAUCCGAGGAGAUGAGGAGCUUGAUACCCUCAUCAAGGGCACCAUCGCAGGGGGUGGCGUCAUUCCCCAUAUUCACAAGUCCCUUAUCAACAAAUCUUCAAAGGAAUGACCAUGGAGGUUCUUUAUACAUAGAGAUUUGUUACUGUUAGUGGCCAUGUAUGUCUUCUUAUUUAGAUGUGUUUCUUAACUCUAAUUGUGAACCUGUAGGUUUAAAUUAGAACAAGCUCAAAACUCUUAACUAGGAUUGCUGGCUUCAGGAUUCUUCAUGAUUUGCUUUAGACCUUCUGUUGUUUAGACCAGUGUUUGGCAUUUGGUGCGUUCGUAUAUAAUUUAAUUCCAAUUCCAAGUGCUUCUUACUGCUCAAAAA